ACUCGUUCAGUCUUCUGUAAAACGUGGAGACGAUCCAGAUUCUUCGAAUAAGUAUAAUCCUCUAAAGCCUCCAUUCAUCACAUUCAAUUGGAACUCAGAUCCUCCUUGUUGAAUUUUCACUCCGUGGAUUGCUCGAUUUAGCCUUGCUCCGAUCUAAAAAAAUGGUGGCGACAGCGUCUCAGUUUUCGUGCUUCUUCGCUAUCAACCGUGGCUUUCGCCUGCAACAGCGCCGCUCAUUAGUAGCUCCUCGCCCUUCUCUUUCCUUGCCUAAGUUCUCGAUUGUUAUGAGCCUUGAAGGAUCUGCUUCAAAUACUGCUGAUGCUGAUGCCCAGACUAAGACAACUUUAAGCGAUGCCACUUAUGCAUCAGAAUCUCAAGUUACCUCAAAUUCAUAUCCUGGUGUUGAAGAGUCGUCUGAUGUUGGAAAUGUAGAGAACGACGUUGGCACUGUGCCUAAACGAUCAGCAAAAAUCCAUGAUUUCUGUUUUGGCAUUCCCUUCGGUGGAAUUGUUCUAAGUGGUGGCCUUAUUAGCUUAAUAUUUUCAAGAAACCCGUCUGCAUUGACCAGUUUGAUCUCUGGGGGUGCUUUGCUGGCUCUGAGCACUUUAAGUUUGAAAAUCUGGAGGCAGGGGAAGUCCAGUUUGCCAUAUAUUCUAGGACAAGCAGUACUUACCGCCUCGUUUUUCUGGAAUAGUUUUCAGACGUACUCAUCGACCAAAAACGUGUUUCCAUCGGCCUUAUACGCUGCACUCAGUGCUGCAAUGUUGUGCUUCUACUUAUAUGUGGUAAUUUCUGGGGGAAACCCGCCACCAAAAAAAUUAAAGCCUUCUCCAUCUGCUGCUUAAUGAAUUCGAAUCCUACUGAUUACAUUUAGGAAACGUUUACUUUGUGGUGUAGCAUGUGAGUUGAGUUAGGAGGGAAAAGAGGACUUAUUUUCUUUUGUUGGGAUGGUAAAAUAUGAAAUAAAGCUUGCGGGGGAGGGGGGAUGUUCUGUACUUCAUCAUCUGUGAGGUUUGCAAAUAUGAUAUCAAUACAAGCUAGUUGUAGUGUUCUAAAAACUCCGAUAAUUUGAAAAACUUGAUCAACUCACGUUUGGAUUGGGUUACGAAUUUAUUUGGAUUUGGUUAAGUUCUAAU